AUGGCGGCCCUGAAGCAUGCCAGCUCGUGCAGUUCGGCUAGUUCUAGCUCGAGUUCAGAAUGUGAGGCGAUCAACUCAUUAUUCGAACUAGUGGAGUUCCGAGACGUACACAAUUCAUAUUUGGCGAACGAGGAUAUAUUUGUAUCCUAUCGUGUCGGCGACUUGGUGACGCAGUCGUCACAUGACUGGGUUGGUAUAUACCCGGCAGGUUGGACGUCGGUCAGUGACUACGUCAAGUUUCAGUGGAUCCCGGCUCCUAACAACGCUCUCAUACAAAGUCUCGUCUUCUCCACGAGAACUAUUCCGAUUUAUGACGUCAACGGGGAAGGUUCUUAUCAGUUUGUCUACGUCACGAAAGAAGGUGAAAUUAUCGGCGUGAGCGGCUCGUUCAGGCUCUGUCAUGAAAUGGAAACGUUUCCAGAAGAAGAAGUUUCAGUCACUCCAGAAGAACCUAUCGAGCCUCUGGCACUGAUGGAUGAUUACUACGGAACGUCUGGUGCCGAUGAACGACAGGACGGCAUUUCUAUGCCACAAGAGGACGCUACAACAGCAACGGAAGAAACUUCGGACGUAGAGGGUGAUAUCUCAAAAUGGCUUGAUCAGAUCACGGAGGGGGCGAUGGAUUUUUGCGACUCGCAACCAAAUCCAAUGAUGGAAACGUUUAUGCGAUUUACGGAACCGGAGAACACAAAAACAAGAAACCUUCACCAAAAUAGAGAUCACGUAACACUGACGGAUGAAGGCUUAUUUGCAUUCAAUGUCAUGUCGCUAUUGGCGAUCCUUACCAACUUGACAGAAGAGACGGAAGAAGACAACCCUGAACGCGCCUUGGUACCUUAUACUCCACAGGGGGUUGCCAACCAGCAGCUGAUUUCAGUAAAUCAACCCAUGGCUGUGACCCGGAUGCCCCUACUAGCAAUUGAAUAUAGUCCAAGCAAUGAAAUGGAUAUUAACGAGAAGUGGGAUUCAACAAACACCACCACCACAACAACAACACAAAGUCAAGAGAAACAAGGCACGCUUCUUCAAAAGUGUGGUGACGUUUUCCAAUGCAGCGCGUCCCUUCAGGUAUCACCUGCCCUACCUAUGAUAACAUGGUACGACCCACAUUCUGAUGAUUGCGUGUUGGAAGCUGAUUGGAGGAGAGAUUUGAAUGACAAGAUCAGAGCUAAAGAUAUCCUCAUUGAAGAACUGACAAAACAAGUUAAAGGACUUGUAGCUGAAAAUGGUCAAUUAAACCAUUACCGUGAAAAAAAUGAUACCAUGGAAACCCGGGUAAAGCUACUUUUUCUUGAAAACCAGAUUCUCGAAGAGGAGAUUGGCAAACUUCUGACUCGCAUGAGCAGCACUAAGCAGGUCAAGGAGUUGGAAAAUGUCAAGCAGAGAUAUUCGGAGCUUGAAAAGUGCCACCAAGUGGUGAAAACGAGAAAUGCUAAGCUUGAGAAAUACAUGGAUUGCAUUCUGUACACUUUGGCUAUUCAAGGAUUCACCCAUGUUGAGGACAUGGACGGUGUAGAGACUGAUAUUGGUUAUUUUGAACAAAAGAUUGUUGGGGGUCGUCAAGAGUGUGUUGUUGCUUCUACCAAAGACAUGGUGGCCAAGAGAUCUCAAGAAACGUGCAUUGAAGUUGAAGAUAAUCCCGGGUGUUUGAAGAUGAUGAGUGUAACGUCAGCUGUUUCCCACUUGAAAUCUGAGAAUGAACAUCUACAAAAAGUCAUCGUUGAUUCGUGCGAGAGGGAGCGAAUAAUUAACAUGAGUACCAUUGCCCUACAGGCACAGGUUGAGGAAUUGCAACAACAUCUCAAAGAAGUAGGAACAUCGUUGAAUAAAUCGUUUUUAGAGAAAGAACGAUUGGCUGAACGAUUGGAGGAAGAGAAACAACACCACGAGAAUAUUCAUCAUGCAAAUCACGUCGAGAUUGAGCACUUGAGGAAAAAGAUUCGAUCUUUGCACCGAAUGGUCGACAGUGAGGGGACCGGUAGAAAAAACGCUGCCACUUCUUGUUACCAAGGCUACAGGUCAAGAUGGGCUCCUGGUUCUGCGAAACAAAUGAAUCACAUCGGUUUUAACCAAUCACAAAGUUCGAGAGAAACUCCUACAUUGAUGUAUGUUGAUGAAAGCACGGUAACGAUGGCAAGACCACAUAUCAGUCAACCAAAUGAAUCAACGAGUGGGACGAGUGCUGCCUCAGAUGAAUCAACUGACUCACAUUCUUGGAAUAGACAACAUACAAAACAGUUUGUCGCAGGAAAGAGAAGGGAAUUCUGCAAACCAGCACGAGAGGGGUGGGAAAAAAUCAGACAAGUCAGACAAGAUCAUUCACAGGUUUCGACACCGGCCACAAACGUACAUGUUAAACCAACUGAACAUCAAGGCACAACCUCCAAAGACACAGUGACAUCAUCUACUGCUGCUGCUGAUGUGAGCUGUGCAUCCAAUAACCCUGGAUCAUCUAAUGACAAGCCUGAAUUAUCUUUUCCUUCUCAGUCUGCCUCUUCUGCCACCAAAUGCCAUCCUUUGGUUAGCAGUUUUGCCAAAGCUUCAGAAUAUCUAACAUCUUGGGCUGUAGCCAGUUCUCUCUUUGAUGAGCAAAAUAACUCAACUGCAAAACUGGACUGCGCAACUGCUUGUGCGGACUUAGACGACUUGGAUACACAGAUUGGCGCUUAUGGUUUUGACACAAACAAGAUGCUAUCUCCCAAAGAAUCUACGGAUGCUUCAUCUGAUCAGUUGGGAAAUGCCACUUCAAGUGCAACGACUGAUAGCAAAUUGAAAUCUGGAACCAAUAACUUGAGUGGUGCACGUGCCAAAGCAGAUACCAAUGAGAGAACCAGGCAAGGACAUGAACAACAAAAGAAAAAGAAGCGCCAUUCUAGCAGUCGCCGACAACAUCACUAAAACAUAAUUUGCACACAUUUACAUUACAUUUCUAUAUUACAUAAUCUGACACAACACACCACAUAAUCUGAAACAACAUAACACAUAAUCUAACACAACAUAAUACAUUCACAUACAUGUUAAAUACAAUUACACAUCAAAAAUACAAAUGUUAACAAUGUUUUUUUUAGUGUGAGCCUCCAUUUACAUCUUAAAUAAAAGUGAUGUUAACA